AUGCGGACCGUGCGACUAACGCUUAGUACGGCAACGGCUUCUGCACCACCAUUGGUGAAGGAAGCCGGAAAAGUGGCUGCAGCUACGACACCAGAUAAGCCGCGACGCGAGUUUACAUCGUUACGUAUUCAACCAUGGCAGAGAAAUUGUUUGGGGGCGUCGCGCGAACAAAUGCUGCCGCCUUCACUGUUGUAUCACGGAACUCACCUGGGUCCGCGUCCCCUCAUCAUCCUUGAUCAUACCACGAAAAAUACUGCGGAGGCGGCCUUGGCAGCGAAAAAAUAUGAGGCUGUACUUUCUCAGCUUUCGUGGGAGUACGGUGCUGUGUAUAUUCCACUUCAUGUGGAUUUCCCGUAUACGACCAAUGGUUUAAUAGAACAGACAUGUCAGCAGGUAUGUGCUGUAAUGGAUGCGCUUGAUGUGCACUGGACACAUUUUCUGACGUAUUCCUACGGAUGCCUCGUCGCUGCUUACAUGGCGGCAUCAGAAGGGUUUCCGCAUCGUAUUGGAACGUUUAUCUCUCUUGAUACGCCGUUAGUCACUCGUGAGUUGUUACAGAACAUGGAGCAACGUGAGGAAAUUGCCAAAGCGGAGAGAGACGUCAAUGUACCGGAGGCAAACUUAUCUUUUGCGAAACACAACUUAAUUUCGUCACUGGAGGAGCCGUUGCCUUGUCCUGCUGAGGCAGAUAAGAGCCUGUACCAUGAUUACCUUUUUAACCCCGCGGAAAUCUUCCAAUCCGACGGACUUGUUCGCUGCGAGGAGCGUUAUGUGCCGGUAAAGCAUCUUGCUGACGUGCGUCACCCAAUGCAAUUGGUGGUUCCUUCUGCUAACGCGCUGGCGGACGUGACGGUGCACAAGGAGUUUUUUGGUCUGCGUCGUCCUGUCGUUUUGAAAGGAUGCCAGCGUCACGAUGAAAUAUUCCGAGAUGAGAGUGCGAAGGAAAUUGCAAAGGUCCUCGAGACAUGGUUGCAGCGUUUUGAACCAGAUGCUUACAUAGCGAAACGGUACGAACAGGCCGCAGCGGAGAUGUCGCAGCUGAUGAUGAGCUCCGCCCCGGCCAACGCACAAGCGGAUAGCGCGGAAGGAGGGGAUCAACGGAAGAAAAAGAAGGAAAAGAAGAAAAAGGCGUAG